AUGGGGGACCGUGAUCCCAGAUUCUUUCCUUCUGGCCAGAGACGGGCAUUUCUCGCAAAUCUUGCGGUUAUCACUUGUAUCGUGCCAGGCUCACCGAAUUUGCUAGAGUUUGUGGAUCCAACCAUGGAUGGCGCCGUCGAGGCAUAUUCCUUCACUUUGACUUUGCUUACUUCUUUCCAAGCACCAAUUGUAUCGUCAGCAACUUUCCACCUCAAAAUAGGCACUUUCAUUAUCCAGGAGGAAAGACAAAGACAGAGAUUCAGUAUUUACGCUGCUGGAUUUAAUCUACUUGAUUUCUGGAAACAUUCUCUGAAAGCCGUCAACUGUUUGACAGUUUUUCUCCCGGAUUUUACUGUCACACCAACUGUCCCUGUUGGCUCCUACCGAUCAAUAUCUUCAAGAACAAUCGACUCCACCGCCAAAGACCAGUUCUUCGUGCAGGGUGACGGGAAGUUACAAGCCAACAGAGAUCAUCGAAUUCAUCUCCUCUCUACGGGUAAUACUCCGCCAAAAUAUCACUUCCUCAAAUACAUCUUCGAACAACCAUCUCUAGUUUGGCACAACAUAUUCAAGUUCACUUCCCAAUCUCCUCGAUCCAGCGUUGGGGCACAGCAACGAGACCCGAAGACCGGAGCGUCGGGAAUUCUGGCCCUGCAGAGUGACCCAUCGAAUCAAAAAAACGAUUCGUCUGCUGCGCCAAACCACGCGAUCUAA